UGGGAUGCUAUAAAUGAGAUGGAUGAGUAUUUCAGUCCCAUCCACACGUACCAGGUGUGUAACGUGAUGAGUCCCAGUCAGAACAAUUGGUUGAGGACAGGCUGGAUCCCUCGUGACGGAGCCAGGAGGAUCUACAUCGAGGUCAAGUUCACCCUCCGGGACUGUAACAGCAUGCCUGGAGUCCUGGGAACCUGCAAGGUAUAAGGGAUCGGAGAGAGUGGUUGGGAAGGUGGGGUGAGGGAGGACGGGAGGGAGAAAGAGAGAUAAAGCUAAGUACGUGUUUUGCUUCAAAGAUCAACACAGACUAUUGAUAACUCUGUCUCUGAUCAUUUCUUUGUGUGUUAUGAUGAGCAGGAGACAUUUAACCUGUACUACUAUGACUCGGACCGAGCUGUAGGCACAGCCAUCAGAGAGACCCAGUUCACCAAGAUCGAUACCAUUGCUGCUGAUGAGAGCUUCACUGGAGUGGACCUAGGAGUCAGGAGACUCAAACUCAACACAGAGGUAUGCUAACUUAUUUGAAAAUGCCUUGCAUGUUUUGAGUGAGCAGUGUUCCAGCGCUGUGCUUGUCCUGCACGAAGGUGUCCAUGGUGCUGAAAAGGGUUCCUUUCACAGUGCCACACUUGACUUUGCUCCAAUUCCACAUUUACUGAAACAUUUUGAGAUGGAUCUUUGUGAUGUAAUGUCCUUUGUCUCCUCCCAGGUGCGAGGUGUGGGCCCCCUCACUAGACGAGGCUUCUACCUGGCCUUCCAGGACAUUGGGGCGUGCAUCGCCCUGACCUCAGUCAGGGUGUACUACAAGCGCUGCUCGGGCGUGGGCCGCAACCUGGCGGUGUUCACUGACGUGGUGACGGGCGCUGACUCCUCCUCCCUGGUUGAGGUCAGGGGUCAGUGUGUGGACCACGCCGAAGAGAGAGACACGCCCAAGAUGUACUGCAGCGCUGAGGGGGAGUGGCUGGUGCCCAUCGGGAGGUGUGUAUGCAGUGCGGGGUUCGAGGAGCACAGGGAGUCCUGCGUC